AUGUCAUCACAUAGACCAACCAAAAAUAGCAAUGAAGGUCGGGGCAGUAAUAAUAGUGCCAGCAAUGAUAGUACCAGCAAUGAUAGUACCAGUGUCCCUAUCCUUGACAAACAGCAGUUGACUGAAGAUGAAGAUGAGCCUCUAUACAAUGACCCAAAAACUGAACUUGCUGAAUUAAAAACCAAACAUGAGGAAUUGUUAAUGAAAUACAGCCAGUGUGUACUACGCUUAGAACAUGUUAUUGCAAGUGAUGCAAAUUUCAAGUUUUAUACUAGUUUUCCGAAUUAUGCAACAUUCAAAGCAUUUUUUGACUACUUGCAACCAGCUUGUAAUUUUUUAAUGUAUGCUGGAUCAUGUAACAUGGAACAUGUAGAGCCAACAAAACAAAAGCACGGACGGCCACGGUCACUUUCCCCAGAACAAGAACUGUUCAUGGUAUUAGUUCGGUUGAGAUGUGGAUUGUUAGGACUUGACAUUGCCAACAGGUUUGGAAUUUCACACACCCAGUACUCACGCAUUGAAACCACUUGGUUGGGGUUUCUUUACCACCGAAUGAGGGCUCUCCCCAUUUGGGCACCACGUAAACAUGUUCAGGAGACCAUGCCACAAGCCUUCAAAGAUAGCUAUCCUAAUACCCGUGUUAUAAUUGACUGUACAGAAAUUUAUAUUGAAAUGCCAACAUCAUUUAGAAGUCAGUCUGCAACUUAUUCCUCUUAUAAAAAUCACAAUACUGCUAAAGGGCUCAUUGGGAUAUCACCUGCUGGAUAUCCAACAUUUGUAUCUGAGCUUUAUACUGGGAGGUCCAGUGAUAAACAAAUUACAAAAGAUUGUGGCAUUCUGAAUUUGCUUGAGCCGGGAGAUGACAUCAUGGCUGAUCGGGGGUUUAAUAUUGAGGAUGAUAUGCCUAGUGGAAUUGGCUUAAAUAUCCCACCAUUCCUAAAUGGAGCUGAUCAACUUUCAGUGAAUGAUGAGAGUGAAACAAGAACAAUAGCUGCAGUUAGGGUGCAUGUAGAAAGAGCAAUUCAGCAUUAG